CCGAAAGUACAGGGUGAAUAAAACAGAGGAGCACUUGUUUACGGGAUACCCAAAAAUAUAUACCACGCCCCGGACAAGACCUGCUGCACUGUUUGGAACAUGCACCCCAGGGGGUUGCUAGGAGGGGCCAUGCAGCUGGAAGCGCAUCCUUCCCUCCUGGGUGAAGGCUCUUCAGUCUGGUAUAGUGAGGGCACACUCACAUGAGGACUUUUUCGACUGAGCUCUACACGGAAUCAUCAAGGCCGGGUUCAUCCAGGCUGGGCCGUAAAAGCAGUUCCAUACAUCCAGGCAAUUUCCUCGGUAGACUUUUUCGCCUGCGCAUCCAGGUAAGAUCAUCUUCUUGUACAAAAUCUCUCUCUCUCGCUCUCUCUCUCUCUCUCGCACUCUCUCUGUGCCUCAUGUUGGUCGUCAUUAUCGUCGUCAUUAUGACAAAAAAAACCGUGCGAGGAGAAAAAACGAAGCGUCAUCAUCGUCAUCCAUAAUAGUGUACGACGACCACAUGGCACUCGAGACUGGAUCUCUCUCCUUCUCUUACACACGCACGCAUUCACACACGGACGCGCACACACAUACGCACACAGACUUUUCCUACUUACGAGUGCCGCCCAUCAUUUCCCCUUGUUUCGUUUGUGUUUCUGUCAGCGAUCGUCUUUCAUCCCCUUCAUUUCGUUUAUCGUCGUCCCUUCUAGUAGCUCAUUGUCUUCGCCGUUUCUGCUUCCCGUCUGUCUCGCCUUCUUCCUCUUCAGAUCACUUCCGGCUUUGGUCCUCUCGUAUGUCUUCGCCGUUUCUGCUUCCCGUCUGUCUUGCCUUCUUGCUUUUCAGAUCACUUUCUGUUUUGCUCCUCUCGUAUGUGCCCACUCUCCUCUGCCCGCUCCUCUUCUUUCUUUUUUUCUCCUCUGUGCCUUCUUUGCCUUGUCCUCAAGUACUCUCUCUCUCUCUCUCUCUCUCUCUCUCUCUCUCUCUCUCUCUCUCUCUCUCUCUCUGUGUCUGUCUGUCUCUGUGUACAUCAUGUCCCGCCAUCCACCCGCCUAGUUCGCGCCUGUUCGCCAAGUCCGCUCGUCGCCAUGGUGAUGCCGGUGCGCCCAAUGCCCAUGACAUCCACUGUCCUACGCAAGUUCGACAUUCGGCAUGGGUUUCAUCAUAUCUUGGUGAAAGAAGAAGAUCGGCCCAAGACCGCCUUCGUUUUGUUUGAAGGCACGUGGCAGUGGGUUUGGUGCCCGAUGAGAAUCUGCAAUGCGCCUGCCACGUUUCAGCGGGCGAUGAACGUGACUUUUCAAAAUUUCGUCAAUAAGACGCGGUUGACUCAGGGGAUGAUUAACUUCUGUGUCAUCGUGUACGUGGAUGACAUUCUGGUGUACUCGGACACGUUUCACGGACACGCACAACACAUCGAGUGGACGUUGGGUGCGUUGAGAGACGCAGGUUUCAAGAUUGCGUUGGAGAAGAGCAAGUUUUUCCUCCCGGAAAUCUCGUUCUUGGGGUAUGUGGUGACACGUGGAGGCCUGCAGCCAGACUCUCGAAAAGUCGCGGCGGUCAAAGAGGCCCCGGUUUUGACCUCGCUGACGCAGGUUCGAGCCUUUUUGGGCCUGGCCUCGUAUUACCGACGGUUCAUCAAGGGGUUCGCGGCUGUAGCAAGGCCUCUGACAAACCUGCUGCGAAAAGAACAACCCCUUCAUUGGGAUGACGAGUGCGACCAGGCCUUCGGGGCCUUGAAGGAUGCUCUCGUCACGGCCCUGAUUCUGAUCCGGCCGGACCCCUCUCGGCAGUUUAUUCUCAUCACCGACUGGCAGCCGGAGGCUAUUUCGGCCAUCCUGGCGCAGAAGGGAAACGAUGGGAAGGAGCAUGUCAUUGAGUACGCUUCUCGGACGGUGCCAUACGAGCGACGAAACAAUUCCGCGCCACAAGGAGAAUGCUAUGCGGUAGUGUGGGGUAUCCAACACUUCCAUCCGUAUUUGUACGGUCAGAAGUUUUUGCUCGUCACCGACCAUGAACCUCUGUUGGCUUUGAAAAAGCUAACCAACUACACGGGCAUGAUCAGACGGUGGGCGGUGCAGUUGCAAGAAUAUGAUUUCGACAUUGUUCAUCGAAAAAUGGAAAGACACGGCAACGCUAACGGACUGACACGUUUGCACCGACCCGAUCCGCGCGACAUCGUGGAUCCCGUUUUCUACAGACCGCCGUACGAAGACGAAUUGGAGGAGAUAAUCCGCGAGGAGCUCGCGGAAGAAACUUCGGAGGAAGAGGAGGAGAAUCUGAACGAAGACGAAGGGGAACCGGCACAACAACAAGAAGGAGGCGAAGACGAGCUCCAGCAAGCGGAGAGCGAAGAGGAAGCAGAAGAAGAAAGCGAGCAGGGGAGCGGUGAUGACAACGACGAGGAGCAGGCCAACGAGGGUCCCCUACUAGAAAUUGCGCCGGUUGCUGAUCUUCCGAUCAGCAACGAUCCAACGCUCGACCCGGAGCCACCUCAGCCAGACGACGGCCAUGUGGCCCAGAUCAAGACGGAGGUCGCGGCAGAAGUGGCUCGCAUGCGUGAUGGAAUUGGAAAGGUUCCAGGGUUAGCUGUUGUCCUUGUGGGGACACGCAAGGACUCUGAGACCUAUGUCCGUAGCAAAAAGAAGGCCUGUGCUGAAGUUGGGAUCAAGUCGUAUGGCAAGCACUUGCCGGAGGAUGCAUCAGAGGAUGAGAUAGUGAAAGUCGUUGAGGCAUUCAAUGCUGAUCCAGAAGUACAUGGGGUGCUCGUGCAGUUACCGCUUCCCCAGCAUGUAAACGAGGAGAGAGUGCUUGCUUCCGUGAGCGAGCAUAAGGACGUGGAUGGCUUUAAUCCGCUAAACCUUGGGCGACUGGCAAUGCAAAGGAGGGAGCCGAUGUUCGUCCCUUGCACGCCAUUGGGUUGUGUCGAAAUCUUGCAGCGCUCAGGUGUUCAGAUCGCUGGUAAGAGAGCCGUGGUACUGGGAAGGAGUAACAUUGUGGGCAUGCCAGCAGCCUUGCUGCUGCAGAGAUUUAAUGCGACUGUCACUAUUGUGCAUUCACAAACUCCAAACCCAGAGGAGAUCACUCGCACUGCAGACAUUGUUAUUUCUGCCGUUGGCAUUCCGGAGCUUGUACGCGGUCAUUGGUUGAAGCCGGGAGCAGUCGUCAUCGACGUCGGGAUAAAUCCUGUUGAUGAUCCCACCCAGAAGCGAGGAUACCGUCUGGUUGGCGAUGUAUGUUUCGAGGAGGCCAAGAAGGUGGCGAGUGCUGUCACUCCUGUUCCAGGAGGUGUUGGUCCUAUGACCAUUGCUAUUUUGCUGCAGAACACACUCUGCUCAGCCAAGAGGGCAUUUGGUCUUCCUGAGCGAUAAUGAUCGUACGUAAGUGUAUUCAGUUUGACCACUUGUCUGUGAGAGGGAGCAUAUUAUUGCCCCUCUCCGCAUGAGGAAAUGUUAGGCAAGUAUUGUGUCGACAGAUGUGCUUGUCGGAUGGUCGAAUGGAGGAGUUUUGCAGCGGAUAGAAUCAUGAUGAUAGAUGCCAUCUUACGAGUGUAGGGUGUGUUUAUGAGUAUAGAGAGCCAUCUAAGGAAUGCUGGUUGUCUUUAUGAGUUUGGAGAGCUGGCAACUGCCUUGAGAGAGGCUAGUUGUUGCCCUUCUGGUUGGGUCUUUUGUUCUUCGUUCUUUUUUGUCAUUUGUUUUGACGAUAGGCAAGGAUUCAGAUUGGUCAGAAGGAUAGAUUUUGGAGCCGUCAGUCAUGAUCAGUGUCCCUGGAAUUGUGGGCGAACAUUACGGCCACAACUGGAAGAUGGUUGAUGACCCACUAACCAUCGAUGUCCGUUACGGUGAAUCAAUGUUGGUUGAAGAGCUGAAAGCUUGUUUAGUUUCACCAUUUUGUCCAGAUAGCAGUUUUUUUAGAGUAGUCAUCUGUUCUGCCUAUUUUCUCAUCACAGUUUUCCUUCUGAAUACCUGCCCAAUCCACCACAUCUCUCUCUCUCUCUCUCUCUCUCUCUCUCUCUCUCUCUCUCUCUCUCUCUCUCUCUGUGUGUGUGUGCCCCCUUACCCCCACCUACCCUCUCAUCUCCAUAAAUUGCUUGUGCUUGAGACUGCUGACGCCGUGUGGAUGGACUAGUGGGAAAAUGUUUACGCCCUCUGAUUGGUAGCUCGCUUCUGCACAACUGGCUGGUGGAGGAAUGAUCCUGCCUAGAACUUGUUGAUUGACAGGUUAAGUGUUUGAAAUUUGAAUCCUGUCUGAUUCAAUAAUGUUGUGCCAUUUAUUCAAUGAAAGAGAGAUCCUGCCGUCUUGCAGCCUGAGUCGGGUGAUGUAUUCAGAAAUAAAAAGCAGAUGGCUUGGUUCUGUCAGGGAUUGCAAUCAUGUUGGCUGACCCUAGAGCGCUGUUUGGCUGCUUGCAUACUCCUCAACAAGCACCAGCUGUUGUGUUAGCAGGGUGUGGACAGAAGUGCCCUUCAUCAUGUUUUCUUUUUCAGGAUGUCAUUGCCAUCGUCAUUCUGCCACAAAGCCUGGCUUCAACAAACGUAAAACUCGAAG